AUGCGCCGGCCGCGCGGCGACAGCGCCCGAUGCGGCGCAAGCAAGGCGGCCGGGGCGCACGCGCGCGAGCUCAUUGAUAACGCGCGGUCGCUCACGGACGGCGUGCCCGAUGUUGCGGUCUUCUGCGGCGCCGGCCUGACGUCAGCCUCGCACGCGGGGCUCGCGAGCACGCAGGCCAACCACAGCCGCGUUGCCUUCUGGCGGACUGACACGUUGAGGCGCUGGACCUGCCCUGCAGCUUGCGCCUCGCCGGCCCGUUGCGCCUCUCUCGUUGGCAUAUUGCGCCGACGCCUGCGCUGCGACGACGCGCGCCGCGACGCGUGCAGCACGCGCGGCGCCGACGACUGCCGGCGCGACGCCGACCGCUGGCAGGCCGCCUGCGCGCAGCUCCACCCGCAGGCGCUGCUGCGGCGCGCGCCGGCGGCGCCGGAGGACGUGUUCGGGCUGACGCCGCUGCACUACGCGGCGCUGGGCGGCCACGAGGCGGCGGCGCGA